AUGACGGGUAGAGCAGAGUACUCGCCUGUGGAUCGGAUAUCUUUUAGUGCGGAUGAAACAGCCCAGUCGUUGCUGUCUCAGGACGAGAAAGGCUAUGUGUCUGAAGGAAGACGACCCACGCAUAGGCGCUACAACCUCGCCUUGAAAGCAAUUCUUCUGCUAUUUGUGUUAAUUUUGCAUGCAGCUCUGGUAGUCUUUCUUGCAAGUUGGCUUGCGCCUACCUUCUUCGGCUCUCCCGGCAACACGAAAGCCGAUGGCGUAAGCAAGCCGGGCAUUAAAGGAGGACACAACGGCGACACAUGCCAGUCGGAAGAUUCGUACCGACAGUAUACCUUUGAUGGAGUGGUCCGUGAUGAUUACAAGAACCCGCAUGCUGAGUUCUUACACACAGAUCCUUGCGGACAGAGCGCUGCUGAGGCAAGAGCGCGAGGUUGUCGUUACGGCAUGUUGUACGGUGCAUGGUUACCCGAAGCGUGCUACGACGAAGAAACAGAGGAGAACUUUAGGAAGUACACAGACUGGAAAUUUUGGCUUCAACCGAAUCGCACAGAAGAGCGUAGUUGGGAUGAGGUGGCUAAAGGGGAGUACGACUAUGUACUUGUUGAGUGGGAAUAUCACCAGCGUCAUUGCGCCGAAAUGAACCGGAGACUUUUCACAGCCAUGGCUAGAAGAGGCCUGCAUUCAAUCGAUUCGUAUUUGUCGCAAUGGAAGCACACGGAUCACUGCGCUCAUUCUGCCAUGGAGCAACGGCCAACUCACGAGCUAAACGCCAUUCUUUGGCGCAAAUUCCCCGACUGUGGGGUGGUUCGCUGGAAGAACUGA